AUGUGGCUGAUGAGGUGGCAACAAGGCGUAGACGUGAUGAGGUGGCAACAAGGCGUAGACGUAACGGAAGGACAAGCGGAACUGAUAGUACAAACGAUAAACAUGACGGCCGGCCGAUGGGUGUCCAACGAACUCUUAGCCCAUCCUCAAUACAGACUCCUCUCAUCCGUCAUUAAUAACAUCUGUCACGAAAUAUCCCACGUAAAUAAUCGAACCUGUAUGCAAGUCAACAGUACAACUAUAAAUUCGAUAGAUUCCAAAAUGCAAGAACUCGUGCAACUCGUGCUUAGCGACUCACCGGAUGAUCUUGAUCAGGAUUUGAAGCAGACGUUCCUCACCGUUGCAAAAACCUUCUACUACAAGGCGUACUGCGAUCCUGAGACAAUUAAUGUUCAUAUUUCCAAAGUAAUGUUCGAAACGAUAAUAUGA